AUGGCCACUUUAGAUGUCACUUUCAAACAAUUAGCAGACCUAAUUAGCAAUCAAAAUCAAGAUCCAAUUCCAAUUCCAACAUUUCAUGGAAAUGAUCAAGAAGAUUCAAUCACUUGGAUAGAAGAAUUUGAACAAGCUACAAGAACUAAUAAUAUGAAAUUCUGUACACAAACUCAACUGUUACUAUGGCAACAACAAUUAAAUAACCGUAUCCAAAGCGCAAAUGAAUCAGUUAGCCAAUAUGCAGCUGAUAUUCGCUCAUUGCUUCACAAAAUUGACCCAGACAAUACCUAUUCAACUCAAUACAAAAUUCGUGAAUUUACCAAAGGUCUCAAUCCACAAUAUGCCUUUUUCAUUAAUUUGCAUCAACCUGAAACAUUUGAAAAAGCUAUUUCUAUUGCUAUUGAAACAGAAACUGGAUUCAAAAUCACUUAUAAUAAUUCAUUUACAUUG